CUGGAUUCACCUGUCCUUGUCUCUGGUUGGCUCUUAGGCACCCCCGCCCCCAAAUCCCACUAAGCAGCCCCCACCAGGGCUUGCACAGGCCUGUGGAGAGCCAGUUGGUUGCCAGCCCUGGACCAGAAGGGCAUCUGGGAAGGCCAGAGGCUGGCCAGAGCCUGGCUCUGGGGAUCCCCUCCAUACAGAAGAGUCACCUGCCCACCCUGUCCCUUCAACUGCUUCUGGGGCCAUGGGGGCUGGAGCCAGCGCUGAGGAGAAGCACUCGAGGGAGCUGGAAAAGAAGCUAAAAGAGGAUGCUGAGAAGGAUGCUCGAACCGUGAAACUGCUGCUUCUGGGUGCCGGCGAGUCUGGGAAGAGCACCAUCGUCAAGCAAAUGAAGAUUAUUCACCAGGAUGGGUACUCAUUAGAAGAGUGCCUAGAGUUCAUUGCCAUCAUCUACGGCAACACGCUGCAAUCCAUCCUGGCCAUUGUGCGAGCCAUGACCACACUUAACAUCCAAUACGGAGACUCUGCGCGCCAGGACGACGCUCGGAAGCUGAUGCAUAUGGCAGACACCAUCGAGGAGGGCACGAUGCCCAAGGAGAUGUCGGACAUCAUCCAGCGGCUGUGGAAGGACUCGGGUAUCCAGGCCUGCUUCGACCGCGCCUCAGAGUACCAGCUCAACGACUCGGCUGGCUACUACCUCUCGGACCUGGAGCGCCUGGUAACCCCGGGCUACGUUCCCACUGAGCAGGACGUGCUGCGCUCACGAGUCAAGACCACUGGCAUCAUUGAGACGCAGUUCUCCUUCAAGGAUCUCAACUUCCGGAUGUUCGACGUGGGCGGCCAACGCUCGGAGCGCAAGAAGUGGAUCCACUGCUUCGAGGGUGUAACCUGUAUUAUCUUCAUCGCGGCGCUAAGCGCCUACGACAUGGUGCUGGUGGAGGACGACGAAGUGAACCGCAUGCACGAGAGCCUCCACCUGUUCAACAGCAUCUGCAACCACCGCUACUUCGCCACCACGUCCAUCGUGCUCUUCCUCAACAAGAAGGACGUAUUCUCCGAGAAAAUCAAAAAGGCUCACCUUAGCAUCUGCUUCCCGGACUACGACGGCCCCAACACGUACGAGGACGCGGGCAACUACAUCAAGGUGCAGUUCCUGGAACUCAACAUGCGGCGCGACGUGAAGGAGAUCUACUCCCACAUGACCUGCGCCACCGACACGCAGAACGUCAAGUUCGUCUUCGACGCGGUCACCGACAUCAUCAUCAAGGAGAACCUCAAAGACUGCGGGCUCUUCUGAGGUACCUGAACUCAUGUGCUUCCCUGGCCCUGAGCUCCUAUAGCCCUAGCUGCCUUGUAGCCCCAGCCCCCAUGACCCCAUCACUUACCCAGGACUCCUGGAUGGCAGCCUGUGGCCCCAGCAACCACAGACCCGAAGUCCUGAUUCCUACCAGCCUUGAGACCGGGACCCUUCCCUGUAGUCCCCAGGUGCCCCAGAGCCCAGUGCCCCCAACUCCAGCCCUGCCCUUCACGGCCUGUCAGUGCUGGCCUUCAGAACCUGCAGCUACCAGUCCCAGCUAGGAGCAGGCAGGACUUGGGGCAGCUGGGGCUCACUGUGACUCAGCAGGGCCCAGUUGACCAAUCUCUUGCAGCUCUCCCCACCCAGGGGCCCCAUGAUUCACCCUGGGGUGGUGGUGGGGGGGGCUGGGCUCAGCAAAUAGCCCUCCCUCUCAGCAUUUCAUGAAGAGCAGGGGGCAGGCAGGGAUCUCCCCUCCAGGCAGGCCUACUGCUUACCAUCAGCCCACUCCAGCCCUGCCUCUUCCAUGUGACAAGACUGACAUCUGUCUACCCAGUAGCCAGUGGCUCUCCCUCCCAGCAGCUUCAGGGGCUCAAAGUUCAAGCCAGCUCUGGCAUGUGCAGCCCCCAUGUAGAUGAAUUAGUGAGUAGGGGACAGGCCUAGGAGUCCCUGGUGCUAGGGAGAAACUCAAACCGAACCCCUACCCACAUGCCAGGCUCAUAGUAACCCCCAGCCCUUUCCCCCACAGGCUCUGCCCCCUCUGUCCUUGGAUACCAGAUCUAUGCCCAUCUCUGUUGGGGAGGGUAGUGUUGACACCAACUGUGGCCAAUGGUUAAGCAAUCCUGAGGGGUGGCUGGGGCAGAGUCCGGCUCUCAUUGAUCAGACCCAGGCCAAGGAUUCAGGACAGGAUGGAGGCCCAGGCUGUGCCCAGAGGGGCCUACCUCAGGUGGAGCCACAAGCAAACCCAGGUGACCCUCUUGUCCUUGCCAGUGGCUUCUUCCACCCUCUAUUCAGGGCCCGUUCCCUGGCAGGGAAAACUGAGGGCCAUGCCUGAACCGUCAGAGACUGAAGGACCAUGUCCCCCGCAUCCCUGCUCCCUCCUCCUUCAUCAAGCACCAAGUCCUUGCUGGUGCCCUUGGACUGGAGUCUGUGCUGCAGCUGGGGACAAGGAGCUUCUAUCUGGCAAGGCCAGGGCACGAUUCGCACUCCCUUCAGCUAGAUGUACAGAUUCAGCAAUAAAGCUUUGCUUCAGGCCCCAGUUGUCCUUUCUGGGGGCAGUUGGGUGGACAGUUAACUAUCAUGAGUCAUGGGCAUUAAUAAGUGCCCAGUGCUGGGUUGGACAUGAGGUAGGAAGAUGGCACCUCCCAGGGAGAAGCAGCUGGCCUGACUUGGUGGGGGCCACCCCUAGGGGGCAUCGGACAAAUUUGUACUUCUUGAGGGUGGUUCAUGGAGGGAGAGGAGCCACAGGGAAAUGUUCACAAGGACAGUCUUAAAUCAAGGCGGAGCUUUGAGGCCAAGGCUCAAUCAGCAGGAACUGUGGGUGUACAAAUAAGGCCCAGGAGCACAGGGUUGUGGGCCAUACGAGUUUAGAGGAGCAGGAGCUGGGAAGAGUUGGGGCCAGUGGACAGGUCCCAAGUGCCAGGCUGAAGGUCUGGGCCUUCUCCAGAAGAUGAUGGGGCAUCAUGGAGACCUUUGAAGCUGGGACAUGAUUGCAUGACUGGGAUUGGGGUGCAGCACCCACAUUUUCUUGUGGGUGGUUGUGGGCAUGGGGGAGGAGAGGGGUGGUUCUGGGUCCAGGAGGCAGAGGCUUAGGUCCUCAUCACCCGCCUGGCAGCCAAGAUCUGCAAACCAUGAGGCUCAGUGGCAAGGGUCGUGGUCUGUGCAGUUGACCAAGUGCAUGCAACACCCCCACCAAGCUGGUACUGCAGAGGAAGAAUCCACUUGGAGGGGAAGAUUCUCGAGCAUUGGACAAGCUGAAUUUGUGGGAUCUGUGGGCACCUGGGGAAGAUGUCCAAGAGGCAGACAGAUACUUGGGACUGGACAGAAGGCAAAGCAUAGACAGCAUCCUCAAUGACCAGAGGGAGGGUGGAGCUGGGAGCCUCGGGCAGGAGGAGAGUGAGGGAGUCCAGAUCUUAGCAUGGGACAAACACUGAAUGGGUUAGGGGGUGUCAGGGAGCCCAGGACGGGUUUUGGCAGCCACACUGGUGCUGCUCAGAAGGAUGGGGCUUGGACCUGUGGUACUGGGUAGUCUAGGCUUGGCUGAACUGGGAGGGUUUGUCUCUAUGGAUCCCCUACCUGAGUAGUUUACUACAGUAGGUGGGGCAGGGGGAAUGAGAGCAGGAUUCAGUGGGGAGAGACUAGGCAGAGGGCAGGAGGUCUUGAGAAGCUGGAGGUAGUGGGCUAGAGAGGGAGGAAGUUGUCAGGAGGGGUGGGUCAGCAGGGUCUUAGAAGAAAGGUAAUGACUUCCCCGGCCUUUCUGGGCAAGAGGCAGAGAGUAGCCUGAAUACCAUACAGCGGCUGGACACCACCCUUUAGGAAUCCCCUCUCACAUAUGGUUCUUACCCCAGGGUCUGGGAUUCAGGACCAGGCUAGGGGUGCUGCCUGACCUUGAGCUGCCUUGUCCAUAGCCAGCAAGUGAAUCCCCCAGCCUGAAGCAUCCUCAGCCCCACCCACUACACCAGUAUAAUUAUACCCUAAGGAGCAGGAUCAGUGGGUGCCCAAUGCCUGAUUCACAGCCCAGAGCAGAGGAUCAGAGAGCACUGGCCCAGAAGUGGCACAGCGGCCACUCGUAGGUGGGAUCAUUUAUUGUGGGCACCUCCAUCCAUCACCACCCUUGCCUGACCUGCAACCUCAAGGUGCCCCUGAGGGUCCCCCACAGCCUUUAGAUCUGGCCCUGGCAGGACUAACCUGGCCCGGCCACCAACCAGAGAUUGGACAAGCCUGGCGAAUAGUUAAUGCUGCUGAUGUCAGGGCCUCAUUGGGUGGCCACUGGGGGCUUGGGCUCUCCCCACGGGCAAUGGCACAGCCCAUGUGACCUGAGCUCCUUAAGCUGCUUCGGUGGCCAGAGGAACGGGGGGGCCGGAUCUCAGAGGAGAUCAAGCAGGCGGGCCAGGGCUGUGGAGAUAGGUCUCAGCCAAGGGGUCACCAGCUCUGAGAAAGGCUAGACAGGAGGGUUGCCUGUGGGUUCCCUCCACACUUCUACAGUCCUGUGUUGUGCCACUAAACCCACACUCAUGCUGAAAACGAGCCUCCCAGGCACCAGGAGCUGUGGGCAUCAGUUCUCAUACCCUGCAGGUGGUGUGAAAACCACCCUUUCUUGGAAGGUCUUCAUGCACCCCUCCACCUGCCCCAGCCUGACUCUGACCAAGUGCCCUCCCCUCCCCUCACCCCUCAUCUAUCAGUGCUAAUCCCACACUCAAGUUUUCUACCUCCAGUCCUUUGGCCAAGCUGCUUUCUC